AUGGACUUGCAAGGUGACGAGGGCACACGUGCUAUCUACCAUGGGUUGAUUUCAGCUGAGAUGAGUCUUGGUAGAAAGGUGGCAGAACUCCCUGAAUACCCACCAAGGAAGCAGGAAGCCGUUGAUUUAUCCGGUUGUACGACCACCUCGGUCGUACAGCGACCGACUUGUAGGUACGGCUCUGCAUGCUAUCGACGCAACCCCGCCCACUUUGUGGAGUAUUUACAUCCCAAAGGCAUAAGGUCUUCACACAAACCGUCAAAAUCAGAGCUAUAUACAGCGCCUGAACUCGGAUCGGGCUAUGGCUUUUACGUGUUUCGCGUGAGGGGUGUUGAAUAUGGCUCCAUUCCAACUGUCACUCUCACUGAAAUUUUGGAUGAGAGAAACGGCAAACUUAUUGAGUCAGCACAGUUCAAUUACAUGUUUGAGCUUGAGUGGUUGAUUCAACAAUAUCCCGAGAAAUAUCGAUCACUUCCCCUACUGAUCGUUCACGGAUCUUCGGAUGGACAGAGCGAAGAGCUCAGAUCGCAGGCGACUCGGUGGAAAAACGUGUCAAUUUUGGAGGCUCCCCUUCCGAUCGCAUACGGAACACACCACACUAAAAUGAUGCUACUGCGCUAUGAAGACGGGUUACGAGUUGUGAUUCACACUGCUAACCAGAUUCAGUCGGAUUGGUUCCUUCGAACUCAAGGGAUAUGGAUAUCUCCAAAAUUGAGUCAUGGCAACGGCGACUCCAAGACACACUUUCAGGCUGAUUUACUUGAAUACCUACGUGCUUACAAGGGAGGCUCCCGAGCCUCAGCACAACUCGAUCACUGGACUGAAGUGAUUCAGGACCACGACUUUAGUUGUGUAAAGGUUUGGCUCAUCGCAAGCGUGCCGGGCCGUCACAGGAGUGAUAAACUGGAAACCUUCGGCCACCUCAAGCUUGGGGCGGUGCUGAAGAAACACGAGGUGGAUCGCUCGUGGCCGAUUGUGGGGCAGUUCUCCUCGAUCGGUUCGCUGGGUGCCCAACCGACCCAGUGGCUCACCACGGAGUGGUCGAGCAGUCUAGCUGGAUGCGGCGCCCGUGGGAUCCGUCUGGCAAGUCACCACGUUAUCUAUCCUUCUGUGAACACGGUAAGAGAGAGCCUAGAGGGCUAUGCGGCGGGUGGAUGUCUACCCUAUGCAAGAGCAGUGGCGGCGCGACAGCCUUGGCUACGACACUUCCUUCACGACUGGGUUGGCCUCCAUCCCGGUCUCUCUAGGGCUGCGCCACACAUCAAAUCCUACUGUCGCUGCUCGCCCGAUGGUCGACGCGUUGCCUGGUUUCUUCUCACCAGCGCUAACCUUUCAAAGGCGGCUUGGGGAUGUUUACAACUGAAGAAGACACAGCUCAUGAUUCGCUCGUAUGAGCUCGGCGUCCUGUUUACACCCGACGCAGUCGGAGAAAAGGUCGACGAAUCAGUCGAACUUCUUAAUUUUCCCAUUCCCUAUCGACUUCCACCCGUCCUAUACAACAAAGAAGUUCAGGCAGAGGUUUCUAACUCCAAACUCACCCCCUACGUGGGCAUCAAUACGGAGGCACUAUCACUAACCUUAAUGGCGCUUGCGGGACUGGCAAAGGGUGCCAAACCGAUUGCGACAGGUUACUUAGCUCGUGGCGCUUAA